GCUAGCUUCUUCCUGCCGGCACAGAGCCUGUUUACCUUACCUUACGCGUUUGUAAUCUCCCUGCCCCCGCGAGCUUGUCUCCAGAAAAAAAAUUAUACUACAACACCUCUCCUUUCCCAUCGCUUGUAUCGACAUCCCCCUCCAUUCAAUCAUACCCGUAUCGCAACCAUGUCCGCCGCCGUCGAAGCAACAAAGCCUACCGAGGUCGCUGCACCUGUUGUGCCCGCCGAGACUGCCCCUGCCGCGGCACCCAUCGAGCCAGAGGUGAAGCCCACCGAGGUCGAGGAGCCCACCAAGCCCACCGAGGAGACCCCCAAGGUGGAGGCCGAGACCGACGCCGCUGCCGCCGCCCCUGCUGCCGUGGAGGAAAAGAAGGAGGAGAAGCCCGUUGAGCCCAUCUACAGCGGUGCUCUUGGCUACAAGGCCCCUGGUCUCAAGAACAUUUUCCGCUUCUCCAAGAAGUACUUCUGGUUCGGUGAGGAGGCCGCUGUUCCCACCUCCAGCCUCUCCCAGUACCUUCGUGGUGAGAAGGCCGAGGUUGCCCACCCAACCGCCGCCUGGUCCAGCGUCACUGGAAAGGGAUUGCUUUUCUUCGUCAAGCAUGCCGACCAGAAGGACUCCCCCGCUGGUGUCUUGAACUUGGCCGAUGCGACCGAAUUGAGCAAGGACGGAGCUGUCGCUUUCCACUUCAAGCUCAACGGUGACAAGCACACUUUCGAGGCUUCCAACGCUGCCGAGCGUAAUGGCUGGUUCAUCGCCGUCGAGAAGGCCAUUGAGGAGGCCAAGACCGCCAAGGAGGGCAUCACCUCCAGCGAGGCUUAUAAGGAGGAAGUGAAGAAGCUUGGCAAACCCACUACGCUAGCGCCCUCCACUGCCCCAGCUGCUCCCAAGAAGAGCACUGAAGUCACCCCCAAGCCCGCGGAGGGUGAGGCUGCCGCUCCCGUCACCGAACCAACUGAGGAGGUUGCUGCCCCGGCCCGCGCCGGAUCUGUCUCCAGCAGCUCUGACGGCGAGGACAAGAAGAAGAAGGCCUCCAAGAGCAAGAGCCGAUCCGUCUCCCGCGGAAAGCGUGCCUCCAUCUUCGGAUCUUUCCUCGGCAAGAAGGACAAGGCUGAGGAGAAGGUCGAAGAGAAGAAGGAAAAGAAAGAGGAGAAGAAGGAGGAGAAGGCCGAAGAGAAGGAGGCCAAGAAGGAGGAGACCGCUACUCCCGCUGUCGCUGAGGAGGCUUCCACUGAGCCCGUUGUCGCUGCUCCCGUCACCGAGGGAACUGCCAAGCCGGUCGAGGAGACCAAGCCUGAGGAGCCCCUCACUGCUACUCCUGCCGUCGAGGAGAAGAAGGUCGAGGAGAAGCCCAAGCCCACCAAGCGCGCUUCCAUCUUCGGUAACUUCGUCGAGAAGCUCAAGAGCCCUACUCACGAGAAGAAGGAGCCCGAACUCACUCCCGUCACGAAAGAGUCUGAGGUCUCCGCUGAGGCGCCCAAGAUCGAGGAAACCCCCAAGGUUGAGGAGGCUCCUCUUGCCCCAGUCACUGCCGUUGUUGACGGUACAUCUGAGGCACCCAAGACCGAGGAGGUCAAGCCCGUAGAGGCCAAGCCUGCCACCGCGACCACUCCCGCUAAGGAGAAGCAGCAUUUCUCUUUCGGCAAGUUCUUGGGUGGCGGUAAGGACAAGGUCAAGUCUCCCACCACCGAGAAGGCCCCCGAGCUCCCCAAGAGUGAGGAGACCCCCAAGGUUGAGGAGACCGCCCCUGCUGCCGCCCCGGUCGAGCCUGUUGAGCCCGCUCCCGUUGCUGCGGAGCCUGCCACCGAGGCCGUCAAGGAGGAGAAGAAGGAGGAGACCCCUGCCACUGAGGCUGCUACCACCACCACUCCCCCUGCGAAGAAGCGCGCUUCCAUCUUCGGUUCCCUCGGUGGAUCCGUCAAGAAGGAGAAGGAUGGAGAGGAGAAGCCCCAGGGAUUGAAGGGUCUUUUCCGCAACGCCAGCAAGGCCGGCAAGUCCAAGAAGGAGAAGGAGCCUUCCACCAGCACCCCAGCCAAGGUUGAGGAGACGGCUGAGCCCGUCGAGGAGAAGUCUGAGACCGCUCCUGUUGCCGAGUCCAAGGAGACUCCCGCCGCCACCACCGCCGCUCCCACCGAGCAGGCCACCAUUGGUGACGUCGUGCCCGAUGCCGUUACAGUAGGGCAGGAUCACAAAAGCGCCCCAGCCGUCACCUCCUCUGCAUAAAGUAUGGUGGGAUCCUACUUUUAACCACGAAAGCCAUGAUGGAAUGACGGAAAAGCAAAAAUACCGCAAAUCCCUUUUGUGAGGGCUCGG